GGUCUCAGUGCUAUGGAGAAGAAGCUUGCUGAGUAAAGUGUAAUACAAAUGAAGCCAUUAAAAUAAAAUUAGUGCGCUUUCCUGAAGAUAUUGAGGAUGAUAGCACAACCUUUAAUCCAGAGUUCAGUCACCAGAUAUUUGGAGAUGAUGAAGUGGCUUUUGGAUACAAGGGUUUGAAGAUCUUGCUGUACUACAGUGCAGGGAGCCUCUCCACCAUGUUCCGUGUACAGUAUAGCUCCAAGGUUGAUGACAAAUUUGAUGGUGUUCAGGCUGAUGAUGUUGAAAACAAAAUUCGAGAAAUCGUCCCUCCAGGAUUUUGCUGUGGGACAGAUGACUUUAUAUCGUUAUUAGAAAAAGAGGUUAACUUUAAGCCCUUUGGCACCAUAGCUCACAGCUAUAACAUUUUUAAUGAAGAAGCUGGGGAGGAAAUCACCUACCAAAUAUGUAAAGCUGACAUGACCUGUCCAGGCUUCAGAGAGUACCAUGAAAGGCUCCAGACGUUCUUGAUGUGGUUCAUUGAAACGGCCAGCUACAUUGAUGUGGAUGAUGAGCGAUGGGACUACUUUUUGGUAUUUGAGAAGUACAAUAAGGACGGGACUACACUCUUUGCGACUGUAGGCUACAUGACAGUCUAUAAUUACUAUGUGUACCCAGACAAAACCCGGCCACGUGUAAGCCAGAUGCUGAUUUUGCCUCCAUUCCAGGGCGAGGGACAUGGCGCCCAACUACUAGAGACUGUUCAUAGAUACUAUGUUACUUCUCCCAAUAUUUUGGAUGUUACAGCUGAAGAUCCAUCAGAAAACUUUGUCAGGCUCCGAGACUUUGUUCUUGCAAAGCUUUGCCAGAAUCUGCCAUGUUUUUCUACUGAAAAACUUCUUGAAGGGUUCAGUCAAGAAAUGGUGACAGAAGCUCAACAGAAACUCAAGAUAAAUAAGCAACAUGCAAGACGUGUUUAUGAAAUUCUUCGGCUUCGUGCAACAGACAUGAGUGAUCCUGAAAAAUCCAGGGCUUACAGACUAGACAUCAAAAAGAGACUUGUUGGCCCAUAUAAGAAAAAUCAGAGAGAAAUGGCUAAGAUGAGGAGAUGCUUAAAACCAGAGGAGCUUACAAACCAGAUGAACCAAAUAGAUCUGAAAACACAGCAUGAACAGCUUGAGGAGAGCUAUCAGGAGCUGGUGACAGAGUACAGGAGGACAGUGGAAAGGCUUGCCCAAGUAUAG